GGGGCGGAGCCGACGCGGCCGGCAGGGCGGACGGGCGCGGGCAGCGCGUGGCGGCGGCGAUGGGCGAGGGCGGGCUGCCCCCGGCCUUCCAGCUGCUGCUGCGCGCGUGUGACCAGGGCGACACGGAGACGGCGCGGCGGCUGCUGGAGCCGGGGGCAGCGGAGCCAGCCGAGCGCGGCGCGGAGCCGGAGGCGGGCGCGGAGCCGGCGGGGGCCGAGGCGGCCGGGCCCGGGGCCGCAGCGGCGGCGGCAGUCGGGGCGGCGGCGGCAGUCGGGGCUCCGGUGCCAGUGGACUGCUCGGACGAGGCGGGCAACACCGCACUGCAGUUCGCCGCGGCCGGGGGCCACGAACCGCUGGUGCGCUUCCUGCUGCGCCGCGGUGCCUCGGUCAACAGCCGCAACCACUACGGCUGGAGCGCGCUCAUGCAGGCGGCCAGAUUUGGGCAUGUGAGUGUGGCACACCUCCUGUUGGAUCAUGGGGCUGAUGUCAAUGCCCAGAACCGGCUGGGGGCCAGUGUGCUCACUGUGGCUUCUCGGGGUGGCCACCUGGGUGUGGUGAAGCUGCUCCUGGAAGCCGGUGCCUUUGUGGACCAUCACCACCCUUCGGGUGAGCAACUGGGGUUGGGCAACAGCAGGGAUGAGCCCUUGGACAUCACGGCCCUGAUGGCCGCCAUCCAGCACGGGCACGAGGCCCUGGUGCGUCUACUGAUGGAGUGGGGCGCGGACCCCAACCGUGCAGCCCGGACCGUGGGCUGGAGCCCGCUGAUGCUGGCCGCACUCACUGGGCGGCUUGGAGUGGCCCAGCAGCUGGUGGAGAAGGGCGCCAACCCUGACCACCUCAGCGUGCUGGAGAAGACCGCCUUCGAGGUUGCGCUGGACUGCAAGCACAGGGACCUUGUAGACUACCUGGAUCCGCUGACCACCAUCAGGCCCAAAACAGCUUCCUCCCAGUUGCUCAAGAGGGCUCAUCUGGACCAGAGUCAGCCCAGAGUCACAAGUGCCCUCUGGCGGCUGCUCCAUCCCCUGGGAUCAAUUAAAGGCUGCAAAAGGCCUGUCUUCAGCCCCCCAGCAAGCAGAUUGGCCAUGAGGAUGCCUGCUCUGACAGGAACGGAUGAGGAGAAAAGGCGACCUGAUAUUUUCCAUGCAUUGAAAAUGGGAAACUUCCAGCUGGUCAAGGAGAUUGCCGAUGAAGACCCCAGCCACGUGAACUUGAUCAAUGGGGAUGGGGCGACGCCACUGAUGCUAGCAGCUGUUACGGGGCAGCUGGCUCUGGUGCAGCUGCUGGUGGAGAGGCAUGCGGAUAUUGACAAGCAGGACAGCGUACAUGGCUGGACGGCCCUCAUGCAGGCAACCUACCAUGGGAAUAAGGAAAUUGUCAAAUAUCUGCUAAACCAAGGGGCCGAUGUCACUCUUCGUGCAAAAAAUGGAUACACGGCGUUUGACCUGGUGAUGCUGCUGAAUGAUCCUGACACGGAACUUGUUCGACUGCUGGCAUCUGUCUGCAUGCAGGUGAAUAAAGACAAAGGCCGGCCGAGCCACCAGCCGCCCCUGCCCCACUCGAAGGUCCGACAGCCCUGGAGCAUCCCAGUGCUGCCCGAUGACAAGGGUGGGCUGAAGUCCUGGUGGAACCGAAUGUCCAAUCGGUUCCGAAAGCUCAAACUGAUGCAGACGCUGCCCCGUGGGCUGUCCAGCAACCAGCCUUUGCCUUUCUCUGACGAUCCUGAGCCAGCUCUGGACUCCACAAUGAGGGCUGCCCCCCAGGACAAGAUAAGCCGCUCUGCACUCCCUGAUGCAGCCCCUGUGACCAAAGACAAUGGUCCUGGGAGCACAAGAGGAGAAAAGGAAGACACGUUAUUGACAACCAUGCUUCGAAACGGAGCUCCCCUCACCAGACUCCCAAGUGACAAGCUGAAAGCAGUCAUCCCCCCAUUCCUACCCCCUUCCAGUUUUGAGCUGUGGAGCUCUGAUCGGUCCCGGACGCGUCACAACGGGAAGGCAGACCCCAUGAAGACUGUGCUGCCCCAGAGAGCCAGCAGGGGCCACCCUGUGGGCGGCGGGGGCACAGACACUACACCAGUCAGGCCUGUUAAAUUUCCAAGCCUCUCCAGAAGCCCAGCCUCUCCUGCCAAUUCUGGAAACUUCAACCAUUCGCCUCAUUCAUCGGGCGGCUCCAGUGGGGUAGGAGGUGUGAGCCGGCACGGUGGGGAGCUGCUUAACCGUUCAGGUGGCAGCAUAGACAAUGUCUUGUCCCAAAUCGCUGCCCAGAGGAAAAAAGCAGCCGGAUUAUCGGAACAGAAACCCAGCCAUCGGUCAAGCCCUGUGGGGCCAGCACCAGGGUCCAGCCCGUCUGAGCUUCCAGCCUCCCCUGCAGGUGGCAGCGUUCCCGUUGGCAAGCAGAAAUUGGAGACCAGCAAAAGGCCUCCGUCGGGAACUUCCACUACCUCCAAGAGCACCUCUCCAACCCUCACGCCCUCCCCCUCACCCAAAGGGCACACUGCAGAGUCCUCAGUGUCUUCCUCGUCAUCCCAUCGGCAGUCCAAGAGCAGUGGGGGCUCCAGCAGUGGCACCAUCACAGAUGAGGAUGAACUGACUGGAAUCCUUAAGAAAUUAUCACUUGAGAAAUAUCAGCCCAUUUUUGAGGAACAAGAGGUGGACAUGGAAGCGUUCCUCACGCUGACUGACGGUGACUUGAAGGAGCUGGGAAUUAAGACAGAUGGGUCCAGGCAGCAGAUUCUGGCAGCAAUUUCUGAACUGAAUGCAGGCAAGGGACGCGAGAGACAAAUUUUACAGGAAACCAUUCACAACUUUCACUCUUCCUUUGAGAGCAGUGCCAGCAACACCAGGGCCCCUGGCAACAGCCCCUGUGCGUGAUCCUCCUUCCCGCAGCCACCACCGUGAGCUCUCUGAAUCCUGGGACCCCUUCACAUGGCCACAGCCCCAGCCCUGCCCCUGCCACACUGCUGUGCCUUAGUCACGUUGUUCCCUUUGCUCAGGAUGCCCGCUUCACAUCCACUGCAUUCGUUGGUAGUACUUGUUGCUGCAACAAACUUCAACACACAGGGACAGAUUCCCAUGUAACAGCCCAGUAGGGGUGCUCUUGGUUGGCAGGUUGGUUCACACAGUGAUGCAGGGACUCAGCUCCUUUUAUCCUGUGCUCUGCCCUCCCCGGGAGCCUCAGAGUUUGCUUCUGGCUGGCGGCAAGGGAAAGGGACGAUGGAGAAGGCACGGCUGCUUCUUACCUGCCUUGCUGUUAACUGACACACAUCACUCCUGCUCAUGUCCCCUUGGCCACUGGUAGUCAUGUGGCCCUACCUGGAUCAGAGGAGGCCGGGAUGUGCAGUGUCCACAUAGUGGCUUCCCAGCAACAACUUUUGACUUAGAUGAGGGGUAUGUAUUAUGUUGAGAGGUUAGCCUUCCUGCCACAUCUUCCCUUAAAACUUCUAACUUGUCUCUCCUGGUCCAAGUCACCUGUCAGUUGAAGUCUCUUUUUUGACCCCCUUUCAGCCACUGGGUCCCUUAGUGCUGUGUAUGUGACUGCUCUAGCAUUCCACUGCACCUGCUGCAUACAGCUUACAGCAUGCAUUCAAGAUGUGUAUGUCAAACGCAUUUUUCUUUAUUGCAAAGACAGUCUAUUAUAGAAGGAAAGAAGUGGAGGCCUGCUGUGUGGAUCCCUUCUUCUUCCUAGCUUUCAGUUUCCUUAUCUGCAAAGUGGAAGGUGAGACCAGACGAUGCUCUGGUACUCCACAGUGCUCACCUCUAUCACUGCAGGGCUUUCUGCACUGAAAGUGGAAGCAGAAGACUAAUGGGUCACAUUGUGAAAGGCCUCUGGUGCUCAAAGUUUGUAGGCAAAGAAGUGAAAAUUUGGAAUUUUUUCUACAUCCUGUUAAUGCUGUGUUCCUCAAAAGGGAAUUGGCUUGUGUAGUUUCCUACCAUAUCAUAUUUUAUUAAAUUAGAGGGGCCCUGACUUUUAAAACCCACUGGCUUUCUGAAGUGUUUUCCAGUGAGUGACUCAUUCAGCCAGUGCCUGUUGCAUUUAUGUUAGCUACCAGGUGCCGAGCGUGCAGACACAAUCCAGAGCCUUCAGGCUCUCGACAGGCAAGAGAACACCUGUAAAUAGAUGGUCCUGACAUUGAGAGGCAGCAUGGUAGAGUGGGCAGACCUUGUGCUCUGGACUCAGGUUCAAAGUUCAGAUGCAGCUCAAUGGCCUCUUAGUUGGAGCUUAGAACCAGUAUGCCCAAAGUGCUGGGUCUGCAGGAAGUACCCAGUUGAUGGUAGGCUGCACAGAAUUCUGAUCUCUACCCUGAGCCGUGCUGAGCCACAGGUUGGUCUCCUUGGGAGGUGCCUUCUCUCAUCUGUCCCUCCACCAGCCACGAAAGCCCACUCCCCUACACUGGCUUUCAGAGCCGUCGUGACCUUACUGCCCAGAGCCUCGUAGUUUUUCUUCCCCUGCCCUGAUAGUGGGUGUUUUUCCUCUAAAUCCUCUCAGCCUUCCACCCACAGAAGCCAACUUUCCAUGGGACUGAAGACAAAGUGUUUCAUUUAGCUGUUACUGACAGACACCUUUACGAAGGUUACUCAUGUCCCAGCCUGUUUAAGGAGACACACUCAUUCAUCCCCUACUAUGUGCUGGUAGCUUUACCUUUGUCAUUUCAUCCUCAUGGCCACCCUGGAGGUGGCAUUGUGUAACCUCAUCUUGCACAUCCGGGAAAUGGAUGCUUAGGAGAGGGAAGCUUCUUACCAGUUAAACAGCCCAGAAGGAGCAGAUCUGGGGUCAGAACUGGACCUGGUGGGCUUGCAAGCCUGUGCCUUUUCCACUAACUCCUAUAGACUCCUGGAGCUAGAAGCACUUGUGAUUCUUGUUUUUUUUUUUUUUUUUUUUUUUUUUGAGACAGAGUCUCGCUCUGUUGCCCGGGCUGGAGUGCAGUGGCGCAAUCUCGGCUCACUGCAAGCUCUGCCUCCCGGGUUCACGCCAUUCUCCUGCCUCAGCCUCCGAGUAGCUGGGACUACAGGCGCCCGCCACCGCGCCCGGCUAAUUUUUUGUAUUUUUUUUAGUAGAGACGGGGUUUCACCGUGGUCUCGAUCUCCUGACCUCGUGAUCCGCCCGCCUCGGCCUCCCAAAGUGCUUGUUUUAAUUUACUGAUGGCUUCAGGGGUUAACAGUAGGCCUAGAAUUGUUUGCCUCUGAAAUUCAUGGCCCCUGAUGUUAUGUGCUCUGAAGUUUUGUGCCUGCUUUUUGCUGUGGUCCUGUUUUUUUCAUAACCAUAUACUGGUAUAGCUUCCACUUAGGUAAGUUUGAUUGAACAAUGAUACACAGCUGUGCCGGGGGGUCACCUUUUCACAAAUGUAGACCUCCAUGAACUCACUGGAUGACCCUGGACGGAGCGGAGCUAUUCCCAUUUUGUAGACAGGACAGCAGAGGCUCCAGACAAUGUCUGUCUUUUCUUUUUCACUGGACUCAAGUGUCCAAGGCUUUUUGUCCUAGGAAGUUUGCGUGCUGGUUCACAAGAGGUCCCUGGCACCCAUUCUGGGGAUGUUUGGAUGUGGCUGGUAGGCAGGGAAGAGAAAGGGCACCCCAGCGGGGCAUAUAUGGAGGCAGCACAGAACAUGUAGGUUAUAGAUCGUCAGGGAGGAGGGGUCAGUUGGGUGCUUGUUUUUCUGAUUUUUGGUCAUUGAUCACCCCGUUCCCUUCCCACAUGUGUCCCCAGCCUGCCUGUGGCUGUUCCCCCCACAAGAAGCACCUCCCUUGCUCGGUGACCUUCACCAGCAUUUCCCAAAAGUAUGCUCCUUGGAACCCUAGUUCCACAGGAUGUUAUUAGGUUUUUCAUAAAGAAAAGCAGGGUGUGCAUGUGAAAGUGGGGCGAGGUUCCCUGGUCGAGUAGGUUUGGCAGACACUAAAGCAAGCUACACGAUCAUCUUUGCUGCAGGCCUCUCAUAACCUUCAGCAUGCCAGCAUGUGUCAGGCCUCUUCACAGGGCCAAGAAGCUCAUAGCAUCUCCCACAUUACUCUCAUCACUUCUCCAAGGUGCUUUUGCAAGACUGGAAUUCCUUGAACAUCACUGGGGAAGCCCCGCCUUGACUGGAACAGCGGCAGCCAAGAGGCCUCGCAGCCCUGGGAGUGGGUCAGGGCCCUUGGUGGUCACCUUUUUCUCCCCAGCAGCUCUCUGCAGAGGUGGCCUGCUUGGCAGUGGGACAUCAGGGGACAGGGCCUGCUUUGAGAUGGCAGGGUCCCUGUUCCGAGAGCUCUCCAGCCUGAGGGCAUUGAGCUCAGGCUCCACCCUGAGCUCUCCUGCAGGGUGGAGGGCAUUGUUUCCCAGCACCCAGGCAGUGUCUUGCUGGUGUGUCCUGGGUGCUGAAUGUCCAAAUCCCCACUGGCCACAGAGGGCUCCUGCCUCUCUACUUCAGCGCCACAAAAUUAUAUGGAGGCCAGCUGGUUUUGUGAGGAGAGUGUUUAUUUUUUAAUUCUCUUGUUUGCCGAACGUUUACUGAGCAUCUACCCUGUGCCAGCCCUACUCGUGUGCUCUGUCUCCAAAGAUGAAAAAGGACUUCUCUGCCCUCAAGGGAACCCCACAGUAUUCUAGAGUAGACAAGCACGUCGGUGAGAUGGUACGGUGUUGAAGCGUGCUGGGUAUAUGGCUCAGGGAAAGUCAUCGAUGAUGGCUCAGGCUCAGUCUGGGCAGGCCCCAGAGGAGAGAGCUGGAGUGGGGCCUCAAAGGGCAGGUUUAGGCAGAAAAGAGAAAGGGCAUCCCAGCUGGGGGCAUGUGCAAAGGCAGCACGUAACGUGUAAGUUCUAGAUCGUCAGGGAGGAGGGGUCAGUUGGGUGCCUGUUUUUCUGCUUUUGGUCCUUUGAAAUGAGUAGAAGCAACCUGUUACCCUGGAAAGAGCACUGGACAUGGUCAGACCUAGCGCUGCAUGAUGUUGAGCACGUUUCUUCUUCCCUUUGAGACUCAGUUUCCCUUUUGGUUACAAGGGGAUAGUAGCCCCCAGGGAUCAGGUGAAAGUGAGAAAGCCCUUUCCACACGGUGGAGCGGUGCGGAUGUGGGAAACCUCAAAGAUGCUUGCACAUUUUAAAUCCUUUCAUCUCUCAACUCUCUUCUUUCUUCUCUCCCUUCUGCCUUGACGUAGCCAUGGCUGGGUGGGUGAGGCCAGAAGAAACUGCUUCCGGCAAGAGGUAGCAGCCGCUGAGGUGGCUCUGCUGGCAUCGGAGCCCACAGAAGUGAGGAGUGGCCGAUGGACCUGCCCUCCAAAUGUGCCUGACUCUGGGUCUUGCUGUCAUUGGGUUUCCCAGCAUGGCAGACAGAAAGAAAGAUAGUUUGGCCAAGUCGUAGAGGCUGAUCCAGCAGGUAAAAAGGGGGCAGGGAACUCGUCUCUUUUGCUCUUGCCUCGGAGCUGCCUGAAGACAUGGGCCAGGCCGGAGGCUGGACAACUUUGGACAGAUACGCUGACCUGUGCUUCCAAGUAAAUGCCUGCUGAAGAGCCCGGGACCCUUCCUGGGAGAAUUCUGCAGCCAGAAUGAAGGUGGCGUCAGCAGGAGGCUGUGAAGCACCAUCCUGUCGCUGUCCUUGUCCAUUCCUAGCAAGUUAACUGUGUCUUGUUAACCAGCAGUUCCUGUUCAACGUGUAAAGAGACCUGAUGUUUUCCCUAAUAAAGCUGAUACCAAAUUUUGCAGGA